AUGCUGGGCUACAGGAGUACGAUGUGUAGCCGGCAGCACUCACAGGCGUGCUUGAAUACGUCCCUGUCGAUUCGACAGGAGAUACAGAGGUUCGAGAGCGUUCAUCCGUCGAUUUACGCUCUCUACGACCUUGUGGAACUAGUACCGGACCCGCUGCUCGCACAACAAAUCCGCGAUCAUGUUGUGGCUAUAGAAGGUUUGUUUAUUAUUCCUAUAUUGUUUAGCUUAGAUAAAUCAAAACACCUCUACCGGCUAGACAACAAGAAAGAAUUCACUUUAGGGACGAUGACAAUAAUUACAGGUCUUUAUAAUGUUACAAGUCAAUUAACGUAUUCAUUGUGGAUAGAAUUAUCUAUUUUCUCUUAA